GACCACCAACAAAAUAAAAAAAAAUGUGAAAAAAAAAAUUAGAAAUCAAACCCCGCAUUCUAGUAUCCCUCAUCUCAUAAAAAUUUGUUCAUCUCUGUAAACAAGCAGAUCUUAUUGGUUCAUCAACAUCAUCUUAACAACCACAGUCUUUGAUCAUCUAAAGGGUCUCAUCAUCACAAGUUGUUGAUUCAAGGUUGAUCGUUUUGGUGUGGUUUUCCAUUAAAAGGUGGUUCCCUGGUUUGUAUUUUGUCUAUACCUACGUAAUGCGAGAUCAUACUUGUGUAAACAACAAGUAAAACAGAAUACCGGACUUGAGAAUAUUUCGUCUAUCAUUACCAUGGAGGAUAAUAACGGCCUUGAACUAAGUUUGGGUCUUUCAUGUGGUGGAUCUGCUAGUAGUGCAAAGGGUAAAGAAUGUACUUAUUCAGAUAGUAAGACAGAGGAAGGAGGUAGCAGCAGCAAAGUAAAUGUCGAUCUAAGAAAUUUUAUUAAUGCAGGCUGCGCCAACAAACAGGAUUUAGUUGAUGACUCCCUUAAAGAUAGCCCAACACUUUAUGGAAUGCAAACUUCAGAAGACAAUUUCUUUAGUAUCCUGAAGUCUUCUCAUGCAGCUGAGUCUUCUGUAGACUUGGAAGGAACUAAAGUUCCACAGAUCACUAAAUAUAGAGCACUAUGGGAUGCUGAUAACAGUAGAUCACUAGCGGAGGAGAAAUCUGAGAGUAUUGAAUCUGGGGCAGGUAACAAACGUAAAAUGUCGAUUGAAGAGGCGAACAAGAAGCACGAGAGAGAAAGCCUGCAAGCUGAGCAUAGUAAGAACCUUUCUAUGGGAGUUUCUACGUCAACGAAGACUUCUCAUGUUUCGAUCUCAACAGAUGAUGGUUCAGCUGCUGAAAAUGAUGAUGCUGUGGAGUCUGAAGCCAGAUCAAGUUCAAGGUUAAUUUCUCAUGUUGAGGAUGGUAAACGAUAUAAGCCUAGUGGCAACUCCUAUGAGGCUUCAAAAGAGAGUCACACAUUGCACAGCUCAGUUGUCAGAGGCAAUCAUGAAGCGCAAAGAGAGUCUAUUGUACAGUUUGGAAAUGAGUCUAACCAUGGUGUAACCAUGAAUUUUGGAAUUCCGAUGUCGUUCACACCUGCCACAAAUAUUCCGUUUUCGGUAUCUGGAAAUGGACUAAAUGCUCAUGCUACCACCAAGACGUCUGCUUAUCCUGUAGGUACCAUGCAGAUGACGCAUCCUGCAAAUAAUGAGAGACCUAGGACCCAACCUGCAAACCCUGGUAGUACAUCUGGAACUCGUGGUUACUCGACUGUCCAGCUACCAAUAUUAGAUACUGGUCAUUCGUGGGGAGUUGCUUCUCAUCCUCAGCAGUUCCCUCCUUCAUAUGUUGGCAGAAACUUUGCCAGCGGAGACUUAAAUUCUAAUAGAUCUGUAGACGGGUUGAAGAUAUCCCAAGUUGCUAAUCAGUCACUUCCUCAUAGUUCAUUAUCAGACAAUUCACCAGAAUCUGUGUUACUGAAAGGCAACGGUAAACAGCAAGCCAGAGAAGAUUCUUCCGUGGAACAUCACCGCUACGAAGGUUCCAUAAUAAAGUCUGGAAUGGCUCCUGGUUUGAAAUUUGGGGGCUGCGGUUCUUACCCAGAUCUACCAUGGGUUUCUACAACCGGACCCAGUCCAAACGGUAAGACAAUUUCUGGUGUUACUUACAAGUAUGACAAAAAUCAAAUGAGGAUUGUUUGUGCUUGCCACGGCACCCACAUGUCCCCUGAAGAGUUUGUCCUGCACGCCAGUAGUUCGGAUAAACCUAACCCAGAUAGUAAUGCAGGUUUGGCAUCUUUUCCAAACAAUAGUCCAGCAGCCUCUGCCAAGAGCUGAUUUAAUGUCUAUUCUCUUGCAAAUGUUAUAUAAUUGCAAUAAAGUGUUAUUGAUACAAGUUGUAAUUGAUACAGGCCCCUAACCCGGUGCUGAUAAGUUCAUUGAUGUUGUGGUGGAAGGGGAUGAAAUCGUAUUAAGUUCAUUGGUGUUGUUAACCCCUUUCUUUUUUGUCAUUUCAGUAUAUAUGCUUCAAAAUUGCUGAUUUUGCAUCAUGUGGUCAGAAAUUUUUUUCUUGGUUUUGCCGUGGUCACCCAGAUCGUAUUACUUGUAUGUAAAUAAAGCUUUCCUGUAAUGAUCUCAAUGCGGCAACAAUCAGGAUUGGAGUUAUGACACUAUAAAGCCUCGCAUUCCUUGCUGGACUUGAGUCUGUCAGCACCUAAGCUUCCCAAGUAAUGAAUUAAGCCUUUAUUUCUGUUCUUUCAA